CAGAAAGAGUCCAGUUUGUUCAAAUAUCAAGUUUGUGUGUGCGCGUUUGACCAGAGGGGGUCCACGGGUCCAGGACAGACCACUGUGUUGUCAGAGUCUCUCUGUCUCUGUCUACUUCCCCACAGACGCGCAUCCUCCGUCCACCUCCAGCGUCCGUGUCCAUCUCGCCACAUUCACUCCGCCGCUUUACGCGCUAUCGUCGCCCCCCCGCCCAUACACAUACACACUUACACACACACACACACACACACACACACACUCACACUCACACACACACAUACACCGCCAUCACGAACUGAAACUUUUUUCUUUGCGGAUCUCUGGUCCCACUCCGAGUCCAGAUUCAGCACAGGACCAGCGCGAACCUCCGUGUGUCCGGGAGCCGAACCAAAGCCCAGCCCUGGAUUCAAUACUCCUGAUCAAUGGACAGAGCCUCCUCAGCGGCCAGCAGCGCUACAGACACGCCGUAAACAACUCUGUCUCUCUGGCUGGAGCUCCUCUGGGGGUCUGGAGGAGGAUGGAGCGAGGAGGGGAAAGUCCCAUCACCCAGGACAGUCCUGAGCGGAGGGGAGGCAGUCCGGACCUCAGUGGCCUCCCGCCACCGGGAAAGAAGGGUCGGCUGGAGCUCAACGGGAGCCCCACAGGGCCACGUAUACGGCACAAUGGAGCCCCACCGAGACCCCUGGGAGGUCUGAUGAUUCCCGUCUUCUGUGUGGUGGAGCAGUCGGAUGGAGGGAUUCAGACGGACGGAUGUGAGGGAAGAGAGGAGCAUGCGGAGUUUGUCCUGGUCAGGAAGGAUAUUCUCUUCUCUCAGCUGGUGGAGACGGCUCUGCUGGCCCUCGGCUACUCCCACAGCUCAGCAGCACAAGCCCACGGCAUCAUCAAGGUGGGAAGGUGGAACCCCCUCCCCAUCCACUUUCUGACCGACGCCCCAGAAGCUACAGUUGCUGACAUGCUGAUGGAGGUUUACCACAUGGUCACGCUGCGUAUUCAACUACAAAGUUUUUCAAAGCUGGAGGACCUGCCCUGUGAACAGUGGAACCACGCAACUGUCAGGAACGCUCUCAAAGAGCUGCUGAAGGAAAUGAACCAAAGCACCCUGGCCAAAGAGUGUCCUCUGUCACAGAGUAUGAUUUCCUCCAUAGUGAAUAGUUCCUACUAUGCCAAUGUCUCCACUGCCAAAUGCCAAGAGUUUGGUCGCUGGUACAAGAAGUAUAAGAAAAUCAAAGUAGACUAUCUGGAGAAGAUGUGGUCUGGACGAGAUGCUGCUGACAUCAAAAUAGAGAGAGACAACAUGGCAGACUUCUGCGUCCUGGGCCAGAGACCACCACCUCACUUGGCCGGCCUGCCCCAGAUCAGUCACCUGGGAGCUGGUAGUCCACUCCUCAAAGCUGGAUCUGGAGAUCCACAGGCACCAUCGCAGCCACCCCAGCAGCCUCCACCUCCCCAGCAGCAGCCCUCGCCCCACGGCCCCCUCCACCACAGCCCUCCUCUCCGUACGGGCCAGGUGCCUCCUCCGCCCCCUCCGCCCCCGCCUGGUGCCCUGCAGCCCCUGCUGGGGCCAGGUGGGCUGCUCCCCUCUCAACUCUCCCCACAGCUGGUACGUCAGCAGCUCGCCAUGGCCCACCUCAUCAACCAGCAACUAGCCGUUAGCCGCCUCCUGGCCCACCAGCACCCCCAGGUUCUCAACCAGCAGUUCCUCAACCACCCACCCAUCCCUCGGGGUUCAUCCAAAGCUGGCGGCGACCAUGCCGGGAGCAACCCCUCGGCCGCCGAGGUCUCCUCUGAAAUCUACCAGCAGGUCAGAGACGAGCUGAAGAGAGCUAGUGUCUCCCAGGCCGUGUUCGCCCGUGUGGCUUUCAACCGCACACAGGGUUUGCUAUCAGAGAUCCUGAGGAAGGAGGAGGACCCUCGCACAGCCUCACAGUCCCUGCUGGUGAAUCUGAAAGCGAUGCAGAACUUCCUCAACCUGCCUGAGAGCGAGAGAGACCGAAUCUACCAGGAGGAGAGAGAGCGCACCAUGAACCCUUCAGUUGGCCUUCCUGCCUCCAACUCCUCCAACCCCGGAGCCCCACGCCUCUCACAGAAAGUGUGGGAGAGGAGCUUGGAUGACCAGAUAACCCCUGAUACCUGGGCCUCCAUCUGGAAGAACAAGACUAAGAUCUCCAACUCACCCAAGCCGUCCGGCCCCGCCCCCGACCUCCCACUGAAGCUGGAGUCGCUGGUCAACAUUACGUCCGGCAUCUAUGACGAAAUUCAGCAGGAGAUGAAGAGAGCCAAGGUGUCCCAAGCUCUGUUUGCCAAGGUGGCCGCCAACAAGAGCCAGGGCUGGCUGUGUGAGCUGCUUCGGUGGAAGGAGAACCCCAGCCCAGAGAACCGCACUCUGUGGGAGAACCUGUGCACCAUCCGGAGGUUCCUGACCCUGCCGCAGGCCGACAGAGACCUGGCGUACGAGGAGGAGUCCCGACACCAUCACUCCGAGAGGCUGCACACCGUCCUCCACCUGCCACAGGACACACAGCUCUAUUGUCUUUCUCGUCAGGCACUUCACAGGCCACCCCCUACCCCGAUGAAGGAGCACCGCCUGUCUCCGAUGCGCGAAGAACCAUUAUCUGCCCCGGGGAACGAGGAGGGCUCACAGACUGUGGGAGCGGGAGCUGCAGGCGGAUGUCCACCUGGCACUGUUGGAAGUGCCGGCAGCAACAAGAAGCCACGAUCACGCACCAAGAUUUCCCUGGAAGCCUUGGGGAUCCUGCAGAGCUUCAUCCAGGACGUCGGCCUGUACCCAGACCAGGAGGCCAUCCACACCCUGUCAGCACAGCUUGACCUGCCCAAACACACCAUCAUCAAGUUCUUCCAGAACCAGCGCUACCAUGUCAAGCAUCACGGCCGCCUCAAGGAGCUGGGCGAGGGGGCCGCUGCCAGCGGAGGUGUGGACGUCAGCGAAUACAGAGAAGAAGAAUUGCUUUCGGGCUCAGAGGACCCAGAGUCCAGCGAGGACGGAACUGAGGAAAUCUACCAGUCUACAGAGGGGAGUGGAGGGAGCACAGGGGGGCUGAACCACCCACCGGCCUCCUCUAGCUCCAACUCCAGCCAGUCGUCCUCAGGAACCAACAUGGCUCAGGAGGAGGGCAAGGACAAGGGGCACGGCCGGCCCGGUGGCAACAUGGCCCCCGGGAGCUCCUCGUCCAGCCCCAGAGAGCAGGCUGACUACCAGAGGUAGAAACUGACAGAGAGGACAGAGAAAAAGAGAGAGGGAGAAGAAACAAGAAAAAGAAAAAGUCUACGACGAAGAAAUGAGGAACUGGAAAUGAACUGAUGGAACGUGGCUGCACAGAAACUGGUAUGAGACAGAAACGUCUACGUAGGCACAGACAGUGAAAUACUGUACAUCUGAAACGAACAGACUCUUUCUAGUGACAAUCUCAGACAGACAUCUGUGACAACCUGAUUUGUGGAGUGAAAUUACCUCAGCAAAAGAGCAGGUUUGCAGUGUGCUGUGACGCGGCAAUGGUUGUGUAACUGUGAAACAGUUUUUUUCCCCCCAAGAAACAUCUAAAUAAUUCACUCCAGACUUUCAUUAGCAGGUAAGACUAUUGCUGCUCAGGCCUCCGACCUACAAACAGACACAAACACAAAACACAAUCUCCAGAACUUUCUCCUAAUCAGCCAUUUGCCAGAAAAGACUCCACGGAGGCAGGAUUUCAUCAGCUUGGGCCUCUUCUCUGAAAACUGAGCACAGUCCCACAGGACAAACUCCUUACAUGGUGGGUUGAAUUUACCCCGCUUACAGACAUUUAUAGACUGGAUCCUGGGGCCUUCUGAGACCUCAACAAUCCUAUAAAUCCUCAGGACACACACUGAUGUUGCUAAUGCUGUUGCCUGCCUGAGAACGUGGAAAGACCGGACUUGCUGUUCGUCUACGAGCUUCACUUCACAGUGGAAAAAGGAAACGACCACCUGACGUCCCGUCCUCACCUCACCAUCACACUCCGGAAUCACUACCAGUCCUAUCUAGCACUUACUGUUCACAAAGACACUGACAUACUGUGGAUGUGAUGACCUCCUGCCUCCCUCCCUCCGUCUAUCUGUCCGUCCGUCCAUCUCUCCUCCCGAAGGCUCGCACAGACUGUGAGGUUUUAAAGCAACUCGAGAGAGGAGCACGGCGGACAGUCUGGCAGGAGGACAGUGGACCGACAUCAAGAGGAUGUGGCGUGGAGGGACACUCGGGCCUGCGUACCCACGACUCUGAACCCUUCCUGGCACCACCCGCGUACGUGUGGACAGAAAAAAUGUCAAGAAAGGAAGGACAGAGCGGAGAUUCAGCAACCAAACAAUCAGUCACUUUAUGUGCGGUAGUCCACCCCUUCCACUCUUCCUCCCUCCUCUCUCCAUCUCACUCUCUCCUCCUUUUCCUCUCUCUAAUUGGUGCCCACAGUCUUGUGUUUCACCACACCUACCCGCACUUAAACUUCACCAACCCUAUUUAUUGCUAUCUUUAUCCAUGAUUAUUAUUAUCAUUAUUGUUAUUAUUGUUGUUAUUAUGGUUAGAAUUGCUGUCAUCGUGUGCUAUUUUUAGUUUUUAUUUCCAUGGUUUUAAAUAUUGGUUUUCAGAACUGGGCGGUUGUUUGGUUAACAAGAGACAUUAAGAGCACUCUGCCCUGAGAGACGAGGACGAAAAGGAGCAGAGAGAGAAAAAAAAAACACAAAAAGGAAGCAGUUACUGAGUGUUAUUGGGUAAAAAAAAAAAAAAAAAAAGUCCUGUCAUGUUGUAUUAUGCCAUUUUUUUAUAGUUCUGUUCCCCAGAAAUAGUAAAUAAGACUUGUUGAAAAGAGAA